UUGGUCUGUGUGGCGUGAUUCUAAUGUAACCUCACACUUGAGAGUGUGGGAAGAAUAGAGAGAGUCUGUGAGAGGGAAAGAGAACGAAAGAGAGAAACAAGCGUGAAUUGGCUCGAUAGAGGCAGCCGGUCGGGAUGGACAGAGUAAACCGGGUGCUGAAGAUAGUCAAACGCAUGUCCCCACGGAAACGGGAGCGGGGUUACCAGGGCGAUGAUGCCGAGAGCCCGGAGACCUGCGAGGACGGCCUGUGCUCCCUCAGCCUGUGUAUCGGCGAUGACAGUCCUUACUCGAAGGGGAAUAAGGACUCAGUGGGGACAGACAACUCCCUCACCUCUCACAGACAGAGCAUCCCAGAGCUGAGAGGGGUGACGCUGGUGGAGCUCCUGAAGAAGGAGGGCAGCACGCUGGGACUCACCAUCUCCGGAGGAACAGACAAGGACGGCAAGCCCAGAGUGUCAAACCUCAGACCAGGCGGACUGGCAGCCAGGAGUGACCAGCUGAACGUGGGUGACUACAUCAAGUCGGUGAACGGCAUCAACCUGACGAAGCUGCGGCACGAGGAGAUCAUCAGCCUGCUGAAGAACGUGGGAGAGCGCGUGGUGCUGGAGGUGGAGUACGAGCUGCCCCCAGCCGCACCAGACAGUACCUCAGGUGUAAUAUCCAAGACAAUCGAGAUAUGCUUGCACAAAGAAGGCAGCAGCUUUGGGUUCGUCAUGCGAGGAGGCUCACACGAAGACUGGCACAAGACGAGACCACUAGUGGUGACAUACGUUCGGCCGGGAGGACCCGCAGACAGGGAGGGCACGUUGCGUGCGGGCGACCGCCUGAUGAGUGUGGAUGGGGUGCCCCUUCACAGUGCCAACCACAGUGACGCCCUCACCGUGCUGCAACAGUGUGGACAGGAGGCCCUCUUCCAUGUGGAGUAUGACGUCUCUAUCAUGGACACAGUCACCAAUGCCUCGGGUCCUCUGCUGGUGGAGAUUGCCAAGUCUCCGGGGGCAUCGCUAGGCAUCAUACUCACCACUGCCACCUACAGGAACAAGCAGGUCAUCGUCAUCGACAAGAUCAAACCUGCCAGUGUCGUUGACAGGAGUGGAGCUAUGCACGUGGGUGACCACAUCCUGUCCAUCGAUGGCACGAGUACGGAGCACUGCUCAGUGUUGGAGGCCACGCAGCUGCUGGCCAGCACCUCAGACCAGGCCAAGCUGGAGAUCCUCCCUGCACACCACAACAGACUGCCCAGCAAGGCCACUGACACUGUGAAAGUCCUGAAGAGUGACCACCCUCAUCCGUGGGAUCCGUGUGUAAACUACUGCCAUUCCCAGCUCACCGGCCAGUGCAAAACCUCCACCUGGAGCACCUCCAACAACCAGGACUACUCGGUGGUGUCCACUAACUUCUCACCGGGCUCCACCACCACCACCUCCGGGAUGACCAGCCAGACGUCCAGCACGCUGCCCCGCACGCAGCCGCCCAUGAGCCCCCGCAACUCCAUGCUCAAGAGGCGGCAGCGGCAGAAGGACCACAAGAGCUCACUGUCCCUGGCCUCCAGUUCGGUGGGUCCUGGGGGGCAGAUUGUGCACGUGGAGAGCAGCGAGGUGGUGCUGGGGGGAGACCCCCUCAACGGCUUCGGCGUACAGCUGCAAGGAGGCAUCUUUGCCACAGAGACACUGUCCGCACCCCCACUCAUACGCUUCAUCGAGCCGGACAGCUCUGCUGAGAGGUGUGGGCUGCUGCAGGUGGGAGACAGAGUGCUGUCCAUCAACGGCAUCCUAACGGAGGACGGAACUCUGGAGGAAGCCAAUCAGCUGCUGCGGGAUGCUGCUCUGACCAAUAAGGUUGCUCUGGAGGUGGAGUUUGACGUAGCAGAGUCGGUUGUGCCAAGCAGCGGCACAUUCCAUGUGAAACUUCCAAAGAAGAGAGGAGUUGAGCUGGGUAUAACUAUAAGUGCAAACAAGAAACCGGGUGAACCAUUAAUCAUAUCAGACAUUAAGAAAGGGAGCAUGGCCCACAGAACGGGAACUCUGGAGCCUGGUGACAAGCUGCUGGCCAUUGAUAACAUCCGACUGGAGAGCUGCUCAAUGGAGGACGCCAUGCAGAUCCUCAUGCAGAGCGAAGACCUGGUCAAGCUCAAGAUCCGCAAGGACGAGGACAACUCUGAUGAGCAGGAGACUUCAGGCUCCAUCAUCUACACGGUGGAGCUGAAGCGUUACGGGGGGCCUCUGGGCAUCACCAUCUCGGGCACGGAGGAGCCAUUCGACCCCAUCACCAUCUCCGGACUCACCAAGCGUGGCCUGGCAGAGAGGACGGGUGCCAUCCACGUGGGCGACCGCAUCCUGGCGAUCAACAGCGUGAGUCUGAAGGGGAAGCCCUUGAGCGAGGCCAUUCAGCUGCUGCAGAUGGCCGGGGAGACAGUCACCCUCAAGAUCAAGAAGCAGCUCAACAGUGAGACACAAUUGUCAGAGGAGAAGAAACCAAGCGAUGUGGAUGAGACAGAGCUAAGCGAUGAAGCAGACGAGGACGAGAUGACGGACUCGCAGAAGACCAACAAGCUGUCGGAGGUCUACUCCACCACCAUCCCCAGCGUUGACUCGGCCAUGGAGUCCUGGGACGGAUCGGGCAUCGACGCCGGUUACGGCAGCCAAGGGACUUACGGGCACCAGGUGGCUGGCGUGGCCCUUCACCCCCACGAGUGGCGCAGUGCCAAGCAGAGGAACAUGGCAUCGCCCCCACCUGGCCGCCGCAAGAACUACCCUUUCAGCGACGGAGGCUUCAGCGAAGACGACUGGGACAAGCCCACCGGGUUUAUGGGCCAGCCCCACAGCGAUGGCAUGGGCCUGGUGGUGGACCAGGAGGACCCCUUCUGGUGCCAAGCCCUGGAGGACCUGGAGACCUGCGGCCAGUCAGAGCUGCUCAGGGAGAUUGAGGCUUCCAUAAUGACGGGCAGUGCCCUGAGUCUGGGGGUGGAUGGCUACAAAACCUCCCUGGGCGACCAGCUGGGCCUGAACGCAGCGAGUCUGAACGCCCUCCAGAAGGGCCCGCUGCAGCACGAGGGCAAGAACAAGAACACCCUGCGCGUCUCGGAGAAGACCUGGGAGUCACGGCGCAUCAAGGAGGAGAUGCAGGAGAUCCUGUCGCCCACUCCACUGGAGCUCCUCAAGGUUACGGUGAUGAAGGACCCUGAGCGCGAUGACUUUGGCUUCAGCGUGUCAGACGGUUUCCUGGAGAAGGGUGUUUAUGUCAACAUGAUCCGACCCGAUGGCCCCGCCGAUCGCUCCGGACUUAGACCGUUUGACCGCAUCCUCCAGGUGAAUCACGUUCGCACGCGGGACUUCGACUGCUGCCUGGCGGUGCCCCUCAUCACGGAGGCGGGCGACAAGCUGGAGCUGGUGAUUAGCCGUAACCCGCUGGCACAGCAGGCCGCCUCCUCCACGCCGUCGCCACCGCUGCCCCAUGAGUGCCACGACAUGCCCCCCAGCAUGGCGCCCCUGGCCCGGGACCACCUGCACCACACCAACACCAUGGACCUGUGACAGUGGCCACCGUGGCUGUGGUGACUUGGACUCUCUUUCACUCUGACUUAUGUGCCACUGUUUGUGCCACACAUGUGCCAUUGCCCCUAAACUGCCCUCCUGCCUCAGGCGAUUUGGGGCUGUUUCCUGAGGGUAGGGAUGCGGUUGGUCUGAUGCUGACUGAGCCCAUAGCUAGAGGAGCUCAAAGUGGGGGCAAGUAGGCUUAGGCCUUGAAAUCCUCAAUGGGACUUUCCAUACUGAUGAAAUGAUGACUUUUGAUAUUGGAACUCAAGAGCUGAUUAAUUGCAGCCCAUCCUCUCCUGUGUUACUCAACGAGCAAACUCCCCUUUGUUGUCGUCCGUUUUGUCUUAUACACUUUGUUUCCAUUUACAGGACCUGGAUUUUGUCUAGCAAAUUUGAAGCAGGAAAGACUUGCACAAAAUGAACUAUGGUACAUUUAUUUAUAAGUACACCAAUGUGUCAGUGGAGGUGCUCCCUGAUAGUAGCCAACGCUGGAGUAGAUCUGACCCGGACUCUUGCGACCAGAUGUCAGCCAUAUCUGAGCCAGAUCAGCCCCAGAGUCAAAAGAUGCUUUGAUGGUCACCAGUUGCCAUGACUACAAUAUUCAAACACGUGAACACAAAACGUGAUAUGAAAUGUUUUUUGUUGUUGUUGUUUUCUUUUUCAGUCGUACCGUGCACAUGAAGAACUGAAUAACUGUUUGGAUAUUUUCAGAAAUUUCAGUUCCUCUUUAACUGAAAGUGGACAUCUGGUUUGAAUCUCAAGCAUGGUAUACAUGUAGCUACAGUUCCUGUGAA